ACAGACAAUUCACUCAAAGAAUGAAGAGUUCUUAGCAUGUGACGGUCAUGAUGGUUCAUCUUGCAAUUAUCAAAUGUCUUGUCAUUUUCCAUGUUCUGAAUAACACAGAAACAACUAAUACUGAGAUGUGUAGCUUCAGGCCUCACACCGAUGAUUGUGAGAAUCGAGGAUGGUUAUGGGAUUGCAGUUUUCUUAGCUUGCAAACAGUUCCUCGAAAUAUACCAGAAAAAUAUCGAAAUACGUCAUUGGCUUUGGAUCUUUCCGGAAACAAAUUCACCACUUUCUCAUCUGAGACCUUUUCUAGGGUCAAUAUCAAAUUGUUGCCAAAUAUAAAAGCUCUCUAUCUACAGUACAACAAUAUUAGAAUAAUAAGAAAAUUUGCUUUUGGUUCACUGGAGAAUUUAUGUGUUCUUACUCUUUACAAGUGCAAUUUGGGAAAAUUUUCGCUAGCCAACCAAUCAUUUGCUAAUCUAACAAAGCUGAAAGUUUUGCAUAUACAUUACAAUGCAUUUGAACAUCUGGGAUAUCCAGAUAUUGAAAUUUCCAGAAUAUUGACUUUGAAAAGUUUGACAUUAGGGGUCUUCAAAGGCUUUCUUUUUAGUGACCAUUUUCGAAAGUUAACACAGUUGGAAAAAGUGAUUUUGUUCAAAGAAAAAUCAAAAUUUCAUCUUAAAAAGAGUACGUUUGUCGGUCUGUCCAACUCUCCCAUCUAUUACCUGAAAUUAUAUUUCAGGAACCUAGUGUAUUGUGAUGUCAGUGAAGAAAUCUUUUGCUCAUUUCCUGUUUUGAAAGGUGUGUUCAUUGACUUUGGUGGAAUGUGCGACUUGAACGUUGCAUUACUAUCCUUGAAAUGUCUUCAGAAUAGAACAAUGGAUUAUAUUAAUGCUGAUGAAAAUAAACCAAGACACCCAGAAAGAGAAAUUUUUCUAAACAAGCAAAAUUGUAAAUAUUUGUUCAAUACAUGCACCAAGAACGUCACACUUAGUAAAAACCGGAUAUCUAGAAUUUCGGACAACCCUCUAAAGACUCGAAUGGGUCAAUGCAUGGAGUACUUUGACAUAUCUAUGAAUAGAAUUGCGUUUAUUAAGCCUGAUAUUAUGGUGGAUUUUCUCACAGCAUAUCCACGAUUGCGAGUACUAUUCUUUAUGUUUAUUGAUUUUUGUACUAUUGUUAGGAAAAUGAUAAACUACAGUGAUCCAAUUCGUAUUCAUUUCAAAAACAGGCCGAUUUUUACUAUAAAUCUGUCAAAACAUUUAACAGUAUUACAAGCUUCUAAGACUGAUAUUCCUCCUUUGAGUUUCCCAUCCGUUGAUUUUACUCUGUCCGGAGAACGUUUAAAAGAACUACAUGUGCCAUACACAAACUUUCUGUGUAAACGUGUAGCGCCGAUACAAACGCCUUCUUUAGAAGUUCUUGACAUAUCUAAUAACGAAUGCAGUAAAAUUAAGUAUCCAAUAUUACAGUUUGCUACAAAACUGGAAACAUUUCUCGCAAGCAAUGCGGAUCUUGACUUCACUAAUAAUUUAAUUAUGGAAAAAAUUUUCAUUGGGCUAAAAAGACUGAAAAUUGCAGAUUUGAGUAAAAAUUAUAUAUCUUAUUUGCCACCAACUACGUUUGUUGAUCAAAGGCUUUCUCUUUCAACUUUGUAUCUCGAUCACAACGAAUUGUCAACAAUACCUGUAUCACACUUACAAAAGCUAGAUCACCUUUAUCUUCGCUUUAAUAAAUUAACAUUCUUAACAAAAUAUGAUAUUGACAACUUAUUAACAUUAAAUAAGAAUUUUAAAAUACAUAUCGAAGGAAACCCAAUAAAUUGUGAAUGUGCGCAUAUUUCUUCUCUCAAAUGGAUGAAAGAAAAUCAAAUCAGAUUUGGAGAUUUGAAAAUCACUCUGUGCAACAGCAAAUCGGUGCCAUUAGCAGAGUUUUUUCAGGAAAAGGUAUUUAUAGAAUUUGAAAAGAAAUGUCAAGCAAACAUAUGGCUGAUAUGUUCUCUCAUUAUGCUAGUACUUUUACUAACGACAAUAUUGGCAGCAGCAUUCGUCAAAAAAUAUCGUGUUCAUGUUGAUUAUGUUAUUCUGCGCCUGCGUAGUCGAUGGAAAGGUGUCGUACAUGUUGUAAAUGCAAAAACAUUCCAGUUUGACGCUUUUGUGUCAUACGCAGAAGAGGAUUAUCAAUUAGCCUGUACAACUCUGUAUGGAGAGUUGGUCGAUUUGGGCUUCCUAAUUAGCUUACCGGAUAUAGACUUUAUUCCUGGUAUAUCAAAAGCUGAGCAACUUUUGCAAUGUAUUGAUGAUAGCCGGAAAGUUAUUAUUCUCGUAACGGAAAACUUCCUGAAGAGUGGGUGGGAUACUUAUGCCAUUCAGAUGGUGGUCACUCAUGCAUUUCACAAUCACAGAGAAAAAUCAAUAAUAGUGAUCAUUAAAGAUGACAUUCCUGUAGAAAGAAUGCCAAAAGACCUCAGAUACAUAUGGUGGUCUAUCACAAGUAUUCGAUGGCCAGAAAUUGGAGAGAAUGUGAUGACAUUUUUGCAAGAAUUAUCUACCGCUUUGCACUCGAAUUAA